UCCAUGGCUCCUCCAGCACUCAAGAGACGGAAAGUCGAGCACGUCUCGUCGAGUGAGGAGAGCGAUGACGGUGCAUCAUUCGCCUCGUUCGGCGAAGGCGCGGAUAACACUGGAAAGCAGGACUCUGAAGCGAACGGCAGCAGCUCUCACGACGAAUUCGUAGACGCCGUCGAGGGCGCUGAAGACGACGAAGAUGAUGACGACGAGGACGAAGAAAUGACCGAUGGCGACGACGAUGAGCGGCGACCUGACGAACGAACAACUUCGGCCACCACACCGAAGCCCUUGAACACGGCACGCGACACGAAGCGCAAGCCGGAUAGCAAAGCCCAAGUAGGUGCAACGGCUUUCGCUAGCGGAACGUUCAAGAGCAAUGUUUUCAAACUGCAGGUGGACGAGCUGCUGGGACAGAUCAGACCAAGGCAUGGCCAACGAGAGACAGCUGCCGAAGCUACUCUGCACAAGUUGAAGAAGACAAUCGAGCAGAUCCCGUCGCGAGGUCCAUACUUAGUCGACGAAGCGGAGAGAGGUCUGCUCAAGGAGAAAAUCGCUGUGCCUUUUCCGGAGCCUCGACCGGCGAGGGAUGCCAAGUACAAAUUCAGCUACGCGAAGCCUGUGAACGUCAAUGUUGUUGGCAGUUUCGCGUUGAAGACCUCGAGCAGAUUGCGAGACAUGGUCGAGGUCGACAUGGUUGUUGCCAUGCCGUCAAGCAUCUUUGAAGACAAAGACUACUUGAACCAUCGUUACUUCUACAAGCGGGCGUACUACUUGGCAUGCAUCGCUGCUGGACUGCAGGCUGCCCACAAAGCAGACUACCAGAUUAGCUUCAAGCUUCAUCACAACGAUCCGCUGAAGCCGAUCAUAGCUGUGACACCGCUUGAGACAUCAGCUGCUGCUGCGCAAUGGACUGUGAAUAUCAUCCCAUGCGUUGGUCAAUCUCAAUUCAUUGCCGGGAAACUGCAGCCACAGAAAAACUGUGUACGCAGUGCCGACGCCGCCAAUAAUGACUCCUCCGCAACGCCGUUCUACAAUUCUUCACUUCGGACAGACAUGCUCACCUCCGCUUAUCUCAAGCUCAUUCAUUCCGCUUCGAAGAGAUGUGAAGGCUUCAAGGACGCCUGUCUUUUGGGCAGCACUUGGCUGCGCCAACGAGGCUUUGGCUCGUCGCUAGAUGCCGGUGGGUUUGGCAAUUUUGAAUGGACAACGCUGCUUGCACUUUGCCUACAGGGCGGAGGCCCCAGCGGCAAAUCACUGCUGAGCGACGGCUACAGCAGUUAUCAAUUGUUCAAGGCGACACUUCAGCUCAUCGCGAUGAAAAACUUUGUCAACAACCCUAUCGUGAUCGGUGGUACUUCGAAUUCCGUCCAAGUGCCUUCCCAGCCAGUAGUUUGGGAUGUCGAGAGAUCUCACAAUCUACUGUACAAGCUUGGGGAAUGGUCAUACAGGACUCUGCGGUACGAAGCAAAGUCAACCCUUGCUGCUCUCGGCGAUCAGCUCCACGAUGGCUUCGACACUACGUUUAUUCUUCGAGUUCACGGGCCGCUGUAUCGCUAUGAUUAUGUGGUGCAAGUUCCUCGGCGGCUAGUGUCCGCUGGGCGGAAAGCUCCUACACAUGAGGGCCAGUCUCAAAUCGCGAAGCUGUAUGGCGUUUUGAAGCAAGGUCUUGGGGAUCGCGUGAACCAUCUGAGCAUCACAUCUGACAGUCUUGGACCUUGGCCCCUGGGCUCAACGCAGCCGAACGAUCAAUCAAAGAGUCUCAUCACUGUCGGUCUGAUGGUGAACUCGGAUAGUGUCAAGCGCACUGUGGACCACGGACCCUCUGCCGAGAACAAGACUGAGGCUGCUGCCUUUCGUAAAUUUUGGGGCGAGAAAGCUGAGUUGCGUCGCUUCAAAGACGGCAGCAUUCUCGAGAGUCUUGUGUGGGCCUCGCCGCUAGAAAGCGGCCAACCCGUGCUGGAACAAGUCAUUCGCUAUCUGCUUGGCCACCACUUCGGAGCAGUGACGACGGAUGAUCUACUUCUAUCCGGUGACGGGUUCGCUAAGCUGGUCAAAGGCGGUAGCGACAUCACACCAUUCGCCACGAUCGUCUCAAGGUACAAGCGAUUCGAGCAGGACAUCAGAGAUCUUACAGAUCUUCCCCUUUCGAUUCGGCAGAUUAUGCCUGCCAACCCGCAGCUAUGCUAUAGUUCAAUUCGGGCACCUCUGAACGGCAAAGGUCGACCGAUCCCGGCGGACGUCACGAUACAGUUCGAGGGGUCUGGGCGAUGGCCUGACGACCUUGCGGCCAUCCAACGCACGAAACUUGCUUUUCUUCUUAUGAUCGACAAGAUGCUUCAGGACAGCGGGAAAUCAAUCACAACACGUGUCGGCCUCGAGAAUGAAGGGCGAGACGUGCUGAAUCAGGGAUUUCUUGAUGUCACAUACGACAAUGAUGCCACUUUCCGUUUGCGCAUAUAUCAUGAUCGUGAGCAGACGUUGCUCAAGGCACAAAUGAAGAACAAGACUGCGGACCCGAAGACAAGGGAACUGGCCACCAUUGGCCUUGCAAAGUACAAACGCGACUACGAAAAGGCUCCGGCUCAUACACAAGCAAUUGUGCGUCUAUGCACUCACUUCCCAGCGCUAUCAGGGUCAAUACGAUUGACAAAGAAGUGGUUCGCUUCACAUCUGUUAUCUAAUCACAUCUCGGAGGAAGUCAUUGAGCUCCUGGUGAUUCGCACUUUCACACAACCAGCCCCUUGGAGCAUUCCCUCGUCAGUGCAAACAGGGUUUCUUCGCACUAUCUUCUGGUUAUCGCGCUGGGACUGGCGCGCUGAACCACUUAUUGUAGAUCUUUCUGCUUCUGGCGAGCUCAAGCAAGCAGGGAUAAAUGCCAUUCGAACCAAUUUCGAGGCGUGGCGGAAGCUGGACCCUGCAAUGAACCGCGUCGCACUCUUCGCUGCCUCGAAUCUUGACCAGGAGGGCACGACAUGGACUGAUGGACGACCGCUCAAAGUCAUAGCCGGACGUAUGAUGGCACUUGCCAGAGCAGCGUGCGCGGAAAUUUCCGAAAGGCAGCUAGGUCUGGAGCCUGCGAGUCUGUUCUCGUCGCCCCUUACGGACUUCGACUUCGUGCUGCAUCUGUCUCCUGAUGUGGCCUCUGGUGGAAAAGCGAAACGAUCAAGCGGCAAAUUUAAGAACUUCGAGCUGUCAUCUCUGGAUGACACGUCGCUGAUUGGCUUUGACCCCGUGCGCGAACUGAUCGCGGAACUUGACAACAUCUACGGGUCUGCGAUUCUGUUCUUCUAUGGUGGUCACGAGCGGAAUGUUAUCACAGGGCUCUGGAGUCCAGUAACUGCGAAGAGGGCGUGGAAGGUCAAUCUCGCUUACUCGACGACACCAGUCAAGGGGCAAGAUGAAGAGGAGGAUGUACAAGCCUCGAUCAACAAAAGCGCAAUCCUGGCUGAGAUAGCUACUUUGGCUGGAGACCUACUGCACAGGGUUGAAGUCGUACAGAAAUAAAUGAACAGCACUUGACCCUGACAAUGAAGACAAGUCACAUGUCAUACACUAUAGUAUGGGGUGCCUCCUGAGCCGUCACUUGUCACCACGCACAAGUGAAUGGCCGUAGUCUUGGCGCCACCACUCAUGUUCUUUGUUUGCUCCAUUUCAUGCCUCGAAUCAACAUGACUUCUAACAUCGCUCUGCAAUCCAUUACUUCUGCCGCAAUCACCACUGUUCUCCACCACUCGAGUCGACCUUGCCGACUGCCAGCAUGGCGUCCUCGACCGCGCCGACUCGGAAGCCUCCUCUGAGCAGCCUCAAACCUUCAAGCCAGGAUGCAUCGCCUUUCUUCAGUCUUCCCG